AUGAAAGCGUGACUUUUAACACCGGCGAUUAGGUGUUUUGUAGGACAUUUUAAUACCAUUCUCUUGGAUAAAUUUAGUGUAUAUCUGCUGGGUUAAAACAUAACCCUCCCUCUUUUUUAUUGUCAUGGUGCAGCCAUCACAAGCGGGCUGACAUCACUCUGUCUUCUUGCUACUGUAAUGUUGCUGCACUAUGGUUCGUCUACAGCUCAGGCUGACUAUGAGGAAAAAGCUUGGAAGAUAAACAGAUAUUAAAGAUACAUGUUGGAGCCUUUGGGACAUUAAACAGAAUGAUUUCGGGGAGGUAUUUAUUCACUGCUGGCCUCCAGUGCUGCAGAUGUAGAGUCAGCUGGCAUGUUAAAAGACAUUACAGCUUUCUUCCAGAUGAUGUCAAAUCACUGCGAGCUGUGGCCAACCCGGAUAUAUCCAAGAUCCGAAACAUCGGCAUUAUGGCCCACAUCGACGCAGGAAAGACAACAACCACAGAAAGGAUGCUUUAUUACUCAGGAUAUACGAGAGCACUAGGAGAUGUGGACGACGGGGAUACAGUCACAGAUUUUAUGGCUCAAGAGAGGGAGCGUGGCAUCACCAUACAGUCGGCAGCAGUCACAUUUGAUUGGAAAACUCAUAGAAUAAACCUCAUAGACACACCAGGACAUGUUGACUUCACUCUGGAGGUAGAGCGUGCUCUGCGUGUUCUUGACGGGGCUGUUGCAGUGAUCGAUGCUUCUGCCGGUGUUGAGGCUCAGACUCUGACCGUGUGGAGACAAGCGGAGAAGCACCAUGUUCCCUGUGUUUGUUUCUUGAAUAAGAUGGAUAAGCCUGCAGCAAACUUAAGUUUUUCCCUUGACAGCAUAAGGCAGAAGUUAAAAGCCAAUCCAGUUCUCCUGCAGAUUCCUGUCGGCAGUGGCAAAAACUUCUCAGGUGUGGUUGACUUGUUAACCAACCAGAAGCUGAUAUGGAACCUAAAAUCUUUGAGAGAUGAUGAUGGACGAAUGUUUGAGAGCAAACCUCUCGACCAGUCGGACGAGCCAGAGCUGCUGCAGCAGGUCAAUGAGGCGAGGACAGCUUUAAUAGAGCAGGUUGCUGAUCUAGAUGAUGAGUUUGCUGAAGUGUUGCUGACUGAUUAUAGUGACAAUUUCGAUGCUGUGCCCUCCAGCAAACUGCAGGAGGCUGUGCGGCGGGUGACUCUGGCCCGUAAAGGUGUCCCGGUGCUCUGUGGGAGCUCUCUGAGAAACAGAGGUGUUCAGCCUCUUCUAGAUGCCAUCACCGCCUACCUGCCUGCCCCCAAUGAACGACACCAUGACCUAGUGCGGUGGUACAAGGACGACUUAUGUGCUCUGGCCUUCAAAGUUGUCCAUGACAAGCAGCGUGGCCCGCUGGUAUUUCUCAGGAUUUACUCUGGUACUCUGAAACCACAGACUGCUGUCCACAACAUCAACAGGAACAGCAUUGAGAGGAUGAGCAGGCUGCUGGUGCCGUUUGCUGAUCAGCAUGUAGAAAUCCCCUCGAUGACGGCGGGAAACAUCGCUCUGACUGUUGGGCUGAAGCAGACAGUCACAGGAGACACCAUCGUUUCCUCAAAGGCUUCAGCAGCAGCUGCGGCCCGCAGAGCCCACAGUGAUGGCGCAGAAGCAGGAAAGAAGCAUGGGGAACGUGCCAGUGUGGUUCUGUCAGGGGUGGAGGUCCCUGAUCCCGUUUUCUUCUGCACCAUAGAACCGCCCACUAUGGCCAAACAGGCUGAUCUUGAGAAUGCAUUGAACUGCCUUCAGAGAGAAGACCCCAGCCUUAAAGUCAGGGUCGACCCUGACUCUGGCCAGACCAUUUUGUGUGGGAUGGGAGAGCUGCACAUCGAGAUCAUCCAUGAUCGGAUCAGAAGAGAGUAUGGCAUUGAGACUCACCUUGGGCCGCUGCAGGUGGCUUACAGGGAGUCCAUUCUCCGUGAGGUCUCUACUACAGAUAUGCUGGACCGUACUGUUGGGGAGAGACGACAUGUUGUGCAGGUGCAGCUGGCUGUCGCACCUCUGGACAUCUCUGCUGGUGGUUCAUGUGAAGUAGCUUUCACAGAGCAACUGAGGGAUCAGCUAUCACCAGAAAUAAAAGAGGCGGUGGAGAAUGGAGUGCACAGCUCAUAUCAUCAAGGUCCAUUGUUAGGAUAUCCUCUACAGGGUGUAUCUACACUGAUCCAAAGUGUCAACAUGGAACCAGGAACAUCUCCCGCCAUGGUGUCUGCCUGCGUGUCCCGCUGCAUGCUUAAGGCCCUGAGGCUAGCAGAGGGUCAGGUCCUGGAGCCAGUGAUGUCCCUGGAGGUGACUGUGGAGGAGGAACGCCUCAGCUCUGUGCUAGGGGACUUGGCCCAAAGACGAGGAACCGUCCGAGACAUCCAGAGUCGUCACGACAACAAGGUGCUACUAGCAACUGUGCCCCUAGCUGAGAUGAUGGGCUAUUCCACCAUCCUGCGAACACUAACAUCCGGCAGUGCCACCUUCUCCCUGGAGCUGGACACCUAUGAGCAUAUGAGCCCUCAGGACCAGAGCACCCUCCUUAAAAGAAUGGCUGGGCUGCUGUGAUCCCCCGUUCUUAAUGAUGGCCUUGUGAAGAGCGGCAUGGCUAGGGCCCAAACAGACUUUUUAAGGACUUAAAGUAAAUAUGAGACUAAGUAAGUAAAAUGCUGUUUAUUGUGUGAAUACCCACUGCAGGGAAGAGGACAAUAGUGUACCAUGUUCUAAGCAAGAUGCA